GACCUCGUGGCCCCGCCCCUCCCUCCUCCCCCUGCGGGAGUCCAGGCGCAGCAGGCCGGAGGCAGGUCGGCGGGACCCCGGGCUCGGUGAGGAAUCCGUGCCGGACAGCGCCUAACCGGGCGGGCGAGCGGGCGGCGGCGUGCGGCGCCGUUGAGGGCGCUGCCCCGCGCGCUCCCAGGCCGCCCCGGGUCCUGGGCUCUUCCUUCGAAGGAGCAGCAGCGCCCGGGACCGAAGAGCGGGGGCGGACGGGGGCGCUGCCAAGGCUCGAGCCCGACGCGGUAUCUCGAGUCGCAGGUUGGCGCCCCGGGUCAGGGACUGAGGCUUGGGCGCCGCCUGCCCGACCGGAGAUUCGGGUUUGCCUCCCGCCGCCGCUCAGGCCCCUGACGUGGGUGAGGCGGCCCCGGGAGCAUGAGCGGGCAGCGCGUGGACGUCAAGGUGGUGAUGCUGGGCAAGGAGUACGUGGGCAAGACGAGCCUGGUGGAGCGAUACGUGCACGACCGCUUCCUGGUGGGGCCCUAUCAGAACACCAUCGGGGCCGCCUUCGUGGCCAAGGUGAUGUCUGUCGGAGACCGGACGGUGACUUUGGGUAUUUGGGACACAGCAGGCUCUGAGCGCUACGAGGCCAUGAGCCGAAUCUACUAUAGGGGCGCCAAGGCUGCCAUCGUCUGCUAUGACCUUACGGACAGCAGCAGCUUUGAGCGGGCAAAGUUCUGGGUGAAGGAACUGCGCAACCUAGAGGAGGGCUGUCAGAUCUACCUGUGUGGCACCAAGAGUGACCUGCUAGAGGAGGACAGGCGGCGUCGACGUGUGGACUUCCAUGAUGUCCAGGACUAUGCUGACAAUAUCAAAGCUCAGCUCUUUGAAACAUCCAGCAAGACAGGCCAGAGUGUGGACGAGCUCUUCCAGAAAGUGGCAGAGGAUUACGUCAGCGUAGCUGCUUUCCAGGUGAUGACAGAGGACAAGGGCGUGGACCUGGGCCAGAAGACAAACCCCUAUUUCUACAGCUGUUGUCAUCACUGAGUCAUCACUCAUCUGGCCUGGGGGAAUUAAAGGAAUUCCUCCAGAGGGGCUGGACCUAGCUCUUGUCCGGGCCUGGGUGGUCAAGCGUUUGAGCUACCCCAGGUCCCCAUGGCAGCAGAGGUGGCACCUACCUGUGCUGGCCCAUGGAACAGAGGCAGCAUUGGGCUGACUGAUGGGCAUGAGGGUAAGGGCUGAUUUGGACCUCAGGCUUCUGCCCUGGACAGCACUUGUCUCUGCGGAUUACUUAAGUGGCUUCUGAUUUGUAAAUAAAAUCAAUGCACUGUGAAUCACA